AUGACCCACGCUCUGGAAUGGCCCAGCCUCACCGCCCAGUGGCUGCCUGAUGUUUCCAGGUAUACACACACACACAACGUUAACAAGAAAUCUCAAACAUACCUUAUGCAUUCUUCGUUUUGGCCUUAAACUACCCAUUGAUGCCACGUUGUCCGUCCUGCUUCCUGUUUUGUUGCUGUCUCUGUUUGUUUACCAGGCCCGAGGGGAAAGAUUUUAGCGUGCACCGCCUGGUUCUGGGCACGCACACGUCAGACGAGCAGAAUCACCUGGUCAUCGCCAGCGUACAGCUGCCCAAUGACGACGCCCAGUUUAAUGUUUCGCACUACGACAGCGAGAAAGGCGGUGAGACGCACUCAUGCUCAUUGCACACACAGACAGACACACACACUAUGGGUGUGAACGUUAAAAACAGAACUGAAUCCUUAACGUUAAGAAAACUGGAAAAACAAUAUAUUUUUAUUAUUAAAAUGACAGUGCAGUUAUCACCAAACUACCUCUAACGGGUCCCGAUCAUCAUCAUAAAAGGAAAACGUGAAGAAAUGGGUAACACUGUAAUGUUUGGCGAAGGAGAUGUGCAUCUGAAAUGAUUUGCCAUGGAUAUAAAGCAUGUCAUCAAGUUUGGAGAAAAAGCACUGAUUACUGUAAUGAUUGCGGUUGAUAUGCAGCCAUUGUCAAUGGCCUACUUGAGUUGCAAGGUAAUUUGCUAAAUGAAAGACAGCAAGCGCCAUUUCAGCCGCGGGUCACACUACUGAAACAGGUGGGUCCUUCUCAUAAAUAUCACCGUUCACCGUUUACUCCCGUUUCAACAGGGUGUUAUUCCCUUUCGAAUGGGAGUUGAGACAUUCAGUUAACGGCGUUAGAAAGCUACAAUUCUUUUUUUUAACUAGUAGAUACUCACAUUUGGGGAGUUCUUUUGCCCUGUUUGAUUUGUAAGCUUAAACCCGGUGGGAAGGCUUUUGUUAAAGUCCAUAGACUAAUGAAUCUGCUAUUUGCCUUCAUCAAAACAAUGUUUUUGUUGCAUAUUUCAGUCUGGGGGGGGGUUGGAACCUAUUCUAAAUGGCAGUCCCCCCCCCCCCCCACAAAAAAAAGCCCAAAGUAGAUGAGAUGCAUUUAUUAUUCCAAAACUCCAGCUCGUUGUUAGAACACAUUUUCCCUAUUUUAAUCAACCAGUCCAUAUUGAAUUCGUGAUAAAGCUGUUGUGAUUUGGCAAGGAAUGUAGCUUGUCUACAGUAUGCCUUCAGUGAGAUGGGCAGUCAUUUCUGUAGGGACUAAUGGGUUCGCGGCGUGCGUAUGUGUAGAGGGAGCGGUUGGAUCGAAAUUGAGCGAGAGAGGCGGCCUGUAAUGGAGGGAGAGAAGAAUGGAGGGGAAAACAACUGUGAUCACUUGGCUAGGUAUUUUUUGACUUUUUUUUUUUGUGAGUCGCUAAUGCACGUAACAAAUGGAAGUGGAGGUGAAUUAACGGUUGUCUUCCAGAUGAAAUGACACCUGCCCCAAGCAGAUUCCAGAUACCACCUACUCUAUGACUGCGGUAGAACUUCAUUGCCCCCUAGUGGUCACACCACGCAAUAGGACGUGGAUUAUUAUUUUUUUCAGACGCUCUUAUCCAGAGCGACUUAAAGGAGCAAUUAGGGUUAAGUGCCUUGCUCAAGGGCACAUCGACAGAUUUUUCACCUAGUCGGCUCGGGGAUUAGAACCAGCGACCUUUCGGUUACUGGCACACCGCUCUUAACCGCUAAGCUACAUGUUCUUUUCGUUUUAACGGAAACCGAUAAAUGGCAGUUUUAAACGUGAAGAAAAUGUGUUCAUUUGUCACAUCCCUAACACACACACACACACACACUAGGACACACUUCUCAAUGCCAUCCAAUCCAAGACUCUACCUCGGCUUGUAAAAGUUAAGGAAUCUACUUUGCCAUAGUACAUAAUGAUAACAUUGUCUCCUUCUCUCUGUAGAGUUUGGAGGUUUUGGCUCAGUGAGUGGGAAGAUCGAGAUAGAGAUCAAGAUCAACCAUGAAGGAGAGGUGAACCGGGCCAGGUACAUGCCCCAGAACCCCUGCAUCAUCGCAACCAAGACCCCCACCUCAGACGUACUGGUCUUCGACUACACCAAGCAUCCCUCCAAACCU